AUGCCGCUCCGGCCAUCCGACCUUGCCAGCAACGGCACCUCGUACUGCCUUGCUCACGUCCUUCAAGUCUACGGCAGCUGCACCUUUCUGAUCCGAUCUUCCAAGAGAAUAGAUGAUUAUGUGAACAGCUACGCGUUCGUUGUUAGCUCGCUCACUCUCAUACCCUACGAACGCGUCUGGCGGUCCCUCCGCUACGAAGCUGCCGUCAAGAGAGAAUCGGCCCUUUUGAAGGUUAUCGCGGGGGAAGACUGCAUCUGCAUGCAGAGCACUUCCUUGACGGGUGCCCCGCCUCGCCCGGAGAUGGCCGGCGGCACCGACGUGCUGCUAGCGGGCAGGCUGUCCGCGUUUGGGCUCAACGACUCCCAGACUGGCGCCAUACUGAGCUGUGUAUCUGCGGUGCAGUGUGGCGGCGGGAGCAGCAAGGUUAGCCUCAUCUGGGGGCCGCCUGGCACGGGCAAAACCAAGACCAUCACCGUGCUGCUGCUGGCGGCGAUGAAGUUGAAAUACCGGGUCCUGACGUGCGCGCCGACGAACACGGCCGUCUGCCAGGUUGCGUCCCGCCUCUUGGCGCUGAGGAAGCAGCACCCCGACGCCUGUGCUGGAAGGCGCCGCUGCCUCGGCGAUCUGUCGCUGUUCGGCAACAGUGACCGCAUGCCCAUCGACAACGAUCUUGACGAGAUAUUCCUGGACACACGUCUAAGUCGGCUAAGAAAGUGCUUCUCGCCGGGGACGGGUUGGAAGCAGUGUCUUCGUUCACUGGAAAUGUUUCUGUCACGGAAGCAGAAAGAUGGCACACAACUACUCAGGUACAACUUCCCGACGCAUACGUUCCACCCGAUCUCGAAGGAGCUCAGCGGGUGCUUCGAAACAAUCAUGUCCCAAGUCCCUAUGCAUUGUAUCCUGGAGAGCAAUUACAGUAACAUUGCUUUGCUCAUCAAGAUGCUCGACGACUUCAGCAAGCUGCUGGGGCAAAAGAGCGUUCAGGAAGAAGUGCCUACGUGGUGGAGGCAGAAACAGAAACGCGGUGGUCUAAUGGGUUACUCGGAAGAAGUAAUCCGCAGCAUGAGGGAGAAAAUGUCGGCAAUUCUAGACGUUACGAGAACGUUGAUGCGAGACCUGAAACUUCCUCUGACAAGAAAGUUCUAUAAGAUCAAGGAGUUCUGCAUGGAAAGUGCCUCCCUCAUUUUCUGCACCGUGUCUGGCUCGGCUAAGCUGGAAGGGGAGGCGAUGGAUAUGCUUCUCAUCGAUGAGGCUGCACAGCUGAAGGAAUGCGAAUCCCUCAUUCCGCUGCAACUCUCCGGACUGAAGCAUGCAGUUCUUAUCGGUGACGAGUGUCAAUUGUCAGCUAUGGUCAAAAGCAAGGUUUCAGAUAAUGCGUUGCUGGGGAGAAGCCUAUUCGAAAGACUAGGUUUACUCGGACACAAGAAGCACCUUCUGAACAUGCAGUACAGGAUGCACCCUUCCAUCAGCAUCUUCCCGAACCCCAGUUUCUACGACGGGCAGAUCUUGGACGGCCCCAACGUCACCCACACGAAGCACGAGCGUAGCUACCUCCCGGGCGCAAUGUACGGGCCGUACUCGUUCAUCAACAUCGACGGAAGGGAAGAUCGCGGCCGCAGCAAGAGAAACAUGGCCGAGGUGGCCGCCAUCCUGGAAAUACUGCGCAGUCUCAAGCAAGCUUGUAUCAGCGCUGGGCAGGUGGUCAGCGUGGGCGUCAUAUGCCCGUACGCUGCGCAGGUGGAGGCGAUUCAGGGGAGGAUAGGCGACGUGAGAGUGAUGCGGCCCCUGGUUCUUCGCGUCAACUCUGUGGAUGGGUUCCAAGGCAGCGAGGAGGGCGUCAUCAUCCUCUCUACAGUCAGGCACUGCCUCUGGAUCCUGGGCAACGCGACGACGCUGAGCGGCAGCGGCUCCAUCUGGGGAGAGCUGGUCCAGGAUGCCGUGGAGCGUCGGUGCUUCUUCGACUGGGACGAUGGUGGCGCAAGCGCCUCUCGGGACAUUUCUCACCGCGCUCGCCUGAUCGGGCCUGAACGCGGUGGAGCAGCUUCAGCUUUUGACACGCAGCCGGUGGGGUGUGAAGCAGACACUAUCUGUGGCGCGCUAGGUUCCCUGCGACUCACUUAG